AUGAUAUAAAUUAUUAAUGAUGAUCUUAUUCCAUAAAGUAUUAAGGCUAAUUCUCGCUUAAGGGAUGCUUAUAUAAAAUUUUAGGAACUUCUUUCAAGAGGCAAAAUCAAAUUGAAAAUUGAUAAGCAAAUUAACUGUGAUAUUGCAUAAUAACUCUAUUUCUUCAAAAAUAAAGACACUCUCUUUUUCCAACACCCAGAUAAAUAACAAGAUUACUAUGAAAGUUUGCUCAAAAAUCUCACAAAACAAAUUAAGUAUUUUGAAAAUAUCAAUUAGACCACAGAAAACUAUUCCUUAUGAAAAGCAAUUAAUGUUAUAAAUCUAAGGAUUGAAUCAAUAAAAAUAUACUCCUGAUAUUUUGAAAAAGGAAAUUAUUUUUUUCUAUAAAAGGAAGAUUUGUUAAUUAAAAAUUCGAAAAUAGAGAUCUGUUUAGUAAGAGGAAACUGUUUAAAGACCAUAAGCAGAGUUGAUUUAUAAGCAUAGAUUAUAGUUUAUUGAUAACUAAAUCAUUAAUUUAUAUCAAAGAUUGGAUAGACUAAGAAUUGAUGAUGGAAUUAAAAAUUAUUAAGAUAAUCAAUAAUAAGUGUUUAGUAAUAUAUUUAUUGAUGAUGUUGAAAUAUAUUUGAGAAAUAAGAUCUUUUUUGAUAAAAUUAAAUUACCUUUGCGUAAAUUAAAGUAUGUUUGUAAAUGGAUGCAUUUCUUAAACAGAUUUGAAAUCUAAGAAAAUGCCAAUAAAAUAUUAAAUAAUUUAAGAAUCUAAAAUGCUGAUUUAAAUUAAUCAUAUUUUAAUGAUAUUGUUGCUAAUAUUGAAGGCAAAUUAAAUCUAAAAUAUUGUAAAAAUAUGUAUUUAUAUAAGAAAUGAGUAAAGAUGUGGCAAUGCAAUUAUAAGAAUAUUUGAAACCGCUUAAAUUUUCAUUAGAUGAAAGUAGAAUAGCCUAAAGAUUCGAUCGAAUCCCUUUAAUAAUUUUAACAGAUUAUGAAAUGCAAAAUCGUUUAUAUAAAACUGCAUCCAAAUUUCUUAAAAAUCCUAAGCAAUUUGGUGAAUAAAAAUUAAUAUUUCAUCUUUGUAACUUAUAACAUAUGCUUGAUGGAUAUUAAAAGUAUCUCUAUGCAUGGGAUAAAUCAGAAAAAAAUGAUUAUGAUGGCUAUAGUGGCUUAUAAAAGUUAACAAUUGAACUUAGCGCUUUUGAUGAUUCAGAAGAAUUAAUCAAAUAAUUGAAUAAUCCAUUACCAAUUUAUCCAAAAAUAUCAUUAGUUUAUGUAAAAAAUGAUUGGAAAACACUUUUAAAUACUAAAAACAUUAUUCUUGAUGAAUAUUAAACCUUUAUGUAAAAUUAAUUAAAUUUUGUAACUGUUGAUUCAUAUACAGAAAAAUUGAUUUAAUUACUACCCAUUAAUUUAAAUAAGUCCAUGUAAGCCUAUAUAGAUUAAUAAAUUAAAUAGAUUAGAUAGGACAAUUAUGCACUCUUCAAUAUUAUUGAAAAUAAUGAUUAUGUUGAAUACACAAGAGAAUCAUUAAGAUUAAGAUAGAUUAAUGAACUUUAUGAAUAAAUAUCCAAUAAAGAAAUACAUUAUAGACAUAAAACAAAGUUUAAAAUUGAUCUUGUUAAAGCAUUUGAAGAAUUAAUGAUUGAGUUAGCACCAAAAGAAACACAUUUGCAAGCUUAUUUGAGUACUAUUGUUAGUAAGAUGAGAGAAUUUCAUCGUAAGAUAUUUUAUAUAGUAAAUGCUUUUUAAUCAAUUGAAAGAAAACUUACUUUUAGCUUACUUUCUUUGAGAGAAUGUUAAAUAAACACAACUAUAGAUUCAUAAUUUCUUAUAAAAGCUAAUUCAGCUACAAAAUCUGAAUAAAAUGAUCCAUAAAUGAAUUAAAUUAAUACUUCAAGAAGAAAUGCAAUUAUUUCAUAUAUUGAUGCAACUGAUAAAUAAGCUUAGAAAAUGAAAAAAAAUAUUACUCCAGAACUAAAGUAUUCUAAGAUAGAGGAUGAAAUUUUUUAUUCUAAUGAAGAAUUACCUGAUGUUUUUAUAAGCUAAACAAUAUAAAAUCCUAUUUAUGAUAGUACUAUUGAUGAAUUUUAAAAAAUUAUGAAAAGGAUAGUUUAAUCAAUAUCUAUUUACAUCAAUAAAUACGAAAAAAUUAGUAGCAUUAAAUCUAUAAAUCCAAUAGUUGAUAGAUUUUAAUGUUCUCUUGAUUGUUUAGAAUAAGAAGCUAUGUAUUAAUUUUAGAAAUUAAAAUUAAUUUAAUCUUACUUAAAGAUAUUUGAUAAUACAGUUGAUUAAUAUCAAGCCUCAGAAAUAAUUGAAAAAAUAUUUGAAAUAAUGCAUGAAAUUCCAUUACUAGAUUUAGAGUCAUUUUACUUUAAAGAUAGCUACAUACUUAAUUAAGAAUUAUUGAAAAUCUAAAGAGAACUUUUAGAAUAAUUAAUAGAUAAAUAAUAAUAACAUGAAAUUUCAUUAGUCAAAUAAAUAAAUGAAAAAUAUAUUAAUAUGAGAAUACAAUAGGAAGAAGUUGAAAGAGUUCUCAGUAGAGCUGAAACUCCAAAAGUUGAAUAACAAUCUUCAAAAAAUUCAAAGCUAAAUGAAUAAUAUGAUUAUUACAAUGUAAGCAAUAAAAUGUCUUAAAUAUUUUAAGAACUUAAUUCAACUAAUAAACAAUCAGCAAUUAAUUUAAAUUCUGGUACUAAAGAUUUUAAAAUUAUCGAUCCUAAUGCUGUUUUACUUCCUUUUUAAAUCUUAGAAGAUUAUGAAGGAAUCAAUUUUAUAGAAUCCUUAUAUUUAAUUAACAAUAUAAUGAAAACAUCAAAAAAUAGCUUUUAAAUGCUCAAUUAAUAAUUUCCCUAAAAUUCAAUUUAAGGUUACCUUAGUCUUUAGAUUGCCACUUUAAAAUAAGCUGAAAUAUAUUCAUUUUAAGAUUAAAAAUUACCUCAUAUUAAGAAAUUUCAUGAAAACACAUUUUUUGAAUCUGAAUAUGGAUUAAUUUCGACAUAUUUUGAGAGAAUUAAAUAAACAGUUUAAAAUGACAUUACUCCUUAUAUUCUGAAUAUUUCUUUAAAUGAUUUAGAUAGGGCGUUAACUUAAUAAUAAAUUUAAAUAUCAGAUAUUUUAGCAAUAAACAAUCUUUUAGAGUAUAUAAGAUUAAGGAAGCAAUUUUUUAAAAUUUAAUUAGAAAUGAAAGUUUAACAUAGAAUUCACAAAAAAAUACUUGGAUAUGAAAAAAUGAGCAAAACAAAUGAUUUAUACUUUAAGAGUAAUCUAAUUGAUUAAUAGAGUCAAUACAAGAAGAAUUAAUCAGUUAAAUAUUGUUAUUCUCCUUUUUGUUUUGAAGUAGAUGCAACGCAAGAGACCAAUUUUCUUAUGUUGAAAUAGUAUGAAAUUUUGGUUUUUCAAGAUGUGAUAGAAGAAUUUAGAAAUAUUAUAUUAUAUGACAAAAUCAAUGUUAUGUUUCUUUAAACAUAAAAUGAGCUCAAAUUUAUUUUAAUAGAUGACUACAACAAAGCAUAAAUCGAUCUAAAACAUUUUACUUAGUUUGGUUACUUACCUCAAAACUCAAAGUUAACUAUCAAACAAAUAAAUUAAUAUGAAUUCAAUGAAAAAUUGUAAUUGUUUAAAUUAAAUAUAAUAGAUUAUUAGCUAAUCUUCCUAAAAAGCCUUAAAAUUUAGAUGAAUAUAUGAGAUAAGCUAAAUAGAUAAAAUCUGAAUUAUUUACUAUAUAUGUAAAUAAAUAUAAGGAGAGAUCAAGAGUAAAUUCUGUUUAAAGUGAUAAAAUGUAGAUUUUAAAUUAAAAAAAAGAUUAGAAGUAUUAAUUUAUAAUAUUUAGUUUCAAACUCUACUUAAUAAAACGUUUAAUUUAAGAUUUUUUGAGCCUUACCUAGCAUGAGGCUAUAAAAGUUAAUAUUUUUAAUACAGAAGCAAGAAUAAAGAGAAUUUUUUAAAUUAUACCAAAUUCAAGCCAAAUUGAUAAGAAUUUUUGGCUUUCAAUUUAAGAAUAAUAGUAAGUUUAUCUUUAGUAAUUUAAAAAUUUUGCUGAUAAAUUGUAAACUCAAAUACACAUAGAUUAAUUUUAUUCUAGAGAUGAUUUUUAAAAUCACACCAAGAAUUAUGAUUAAAAUAGUGAGUUAAAUAAAUAUUAUUAAAACUUAAAACAAUUUUAUAUUGAAGUAUUGAGACAUAAUACAAUAUUUUUAAAUUGGUUUGAGUUAAUGCAUAUGAAUGAAUUGUAUUUAUUUAAUCUUUCAUUUGAUCAUUACGAUUAAACUAAAGAGAUUUUGUAUUAAGGAAAACUUGGGAAAAACCCAAUUAGAAGUGUUUUGGAAUAUGAUAAGUAAGAAAGUUUAAUAAUAAUUUAGAAAUUAAAUGGAUUUAAAAUAAUGUAUUUCAGAUUAAGUUAUAGAUUAAAAACCUUUAUUAGCAUAGGCAAUUGAUAAAAUGAUAGACAAAAUAAAAUGUUUUUAUUAAAUAAAUAAAGCAUUUGAACCUUUUUAAUAAUAAAUAGAACAAUUUAAAGUGAAAACAAAAUUUAUUGAAAUAAUACCAGUAAUAAAGUAAUAAUAUUUAAAUCUUUAUUGUAAAACUUUUUACAUAUAUAAUUAAUGCAAGUAUUUAAUAUCGAAAGAUGUAAUAAUCUAUAAUAUUUUUAAGUAUCCUGAUUCCAAAUAUUGUUCAUAGUAUUAAUUGAUAAACUAAUGUCUAUUUUUAUAGCAUAGGUUUAGUUCAGUGAAUUUAAAUUUUUUCAAAACGAUAUAUGUUAGAUAUUCAGAUACAUAUAAUAUGAAGGAAAAGGAUAGGUAUACAAAUUUCAAAAAAAUACAUUCAAAUAUUUACACAGAUUAGUUGAAGAUGAUUAGUUUAGUAUUACCUAUUCAUAAAGAGAGACUUACUACUUUUUAUAAUAGUGAGCAAAAUUAAAAUAUCAGUUUGAUUUUAUAGGUUCCUGGUAUGAUUGAGGUAAAUGAAAAGAUAAUGAUGAGAAAAUAAAAUAUAACAGAUUGUAAAGAUUAAUGUACUUCAACAAUUUUGUCAGAAACAUAUAUUUUAUUAUAAAAUCCAUAAAUUUUUAAUAUGAGUUUUAUAGAGUUGAAAUAUCAUUUUUGUGAUUUAGAAAAACAAUUGAAAGAUUAAAAAAUGACUUUGAAAGAAUUGGUGUACAGUUAAUUGACAAAUACAUCAAUAAAGGCGAUGAAUGAAAAUAUUUAGUUAUUACAAUAAUAUUUAAAUACAACUCCAGAGAUUGUUGAAAAAGCAGAGAUUAUGGAUAAAUUAGUUUCUAAAAUAAAUAUUGCAAUUCCAAGAGUGAAAUUUAUAAAUAGUAUGUAAAGUACUUUAAGUUAGAAGAGUGGAGAAAUUCAUAAUGCUUUGAAGAUAUCAUUUAUAUAAGGAUUUUUGAAUAGAUUGAGAAAUAAAUCAAUUCAAACAAAUCUUUUAGUUAGUGGAAUGGGUUAUUCAAUCAGUUCAUAAGAUAUAGAGGAUUGUUUAAAUAUUUUAAAUAGAGAUUUAUAUACUUUUGCAGAGAAUGAAAUAGCUGCGAGAAUGGAAACAUUCAAUUUAGUUUAUGAAUAGUAAAAAACAUAAAUAAAAUAAUUGAAAAGAUAAUUAUAAGAAAAAACAAUAGAAAAUGAAUAAUUGAAAUAAUGUUUUGAUGAAAGAUUAUCAGCAUUAGUAAUAGCAAAAAGUAAUAAGAUUUUAUUUGAUUUGGAUAUGUUAUAAUCUAAAUUCAAGGACUAUUAAAAGUAAUUUAUUAAUAAUAAUAUUUAGAUGUACAUAAGGAUUGGAAGAAAAUAUAAGAGAGUAGAUUGAAAAUAAAUAUAAAAUUAAUGUUGAGUAAUUAAGUUUUGAGAGAGAUAGAGUAAUUGAAAGAUUUAUGGAUUUAAAAUAAUAAUUGAUAACUCUUUUUACUUAAGAAGUCUAAACAAAUUAAGAUGCUUUAAUUAAGUUCAUAUAACAGAAAACCAAUGAAAUGCUUUCAGAAAUUCCAUUAUACAAGAGAUCUCAUAGUUAAAAUAAUGAUUAAAAUGAAAUAGUUCAUUAGGGUUAACAUUAAAAAAUUGAAUUACUAUUUGAACCAUAUAAAUUUACAAAGGCUUUGCAUUAGUUAAAGGAGAAAUGGUAAUAGGAAACUGAAGAUUAGAAAAUUAAUUAUGAAAAACAAUUAUCGUAUUUUUAAUAAAUAUAAAUUUUAGAUUUUAUAAAUCAUAAUGUUUAGAAUUUGAAGAUUUGAAAUUUAAAUUGAAUGAAAGUAAGAGAAGAGAAACUACAAUGAAAUUGGAGAUAAUAACUUUAUAAUAGACAAUAAAUUAAUUAAUAAAAUAAAAGGAUGAAUAUGCUGAAUAAAUUGAUUAACUAAAAUUUGAGAAAAAGCGAAUAUUGAAGGCUAAUGAUGAUUAUUAACAAUAAUUGAAACAAUAUAAAGAGAAAUUUAAAACAUAGGAAAUUAGAAAGAGAAAUGCAAUAUCAGUAGAUAAUUAUUCAAUGACAUAAUCAAUUGUAGAGAGGAAAACUUUACCAAAACUAUUUAAAAGUGAACAAAAACCGAAAUUAAAAUUAUGA